UUUUAAACUUCAAACAUGAGUAGUAUUCUUGAAGAAAGCUUAGUGUACCAGUCCAAAGACCGUAUUAAAGAGCAUUUUGAAUCAUUCUCAAUAGAAGAAAACCAAGAGUCUAAAGAAGAGAAGAAAAACACUCUUUUUGGAAUUCUCCUCAUGGUCAUUUCAGGAGUCGCCAUUGGAGCCAUGAGCUUCUGCAUCAAACUUACUUACCAACAUUGAGAGGGAAUUAAAGCGUUUGAUAUCUUUUUGAUUAGGUCCCUAAUGCUUGCACCGUUUUGAUACUUCCAUGCUAAGAUACUCAAAGUCAACCUCAUUGAAAUUAGCAACAAAAGUGCAUCUCUUUUGGUUCUAAGGUGAAUAUUCGGGUUCUGAGGGAACAUCGCCUUGUUCGUGAGCAUCAACUAUGUGCCUGUGAGUGUGUCUCUAAUGAUUUUUAACGUGAAUCCGGUUUUCGUUACAAUCCUAGCAUACUUCUUCCUAAAGGAACAACUCACAGUCACCAAGUGAUUCUGAUGUGUGGGAGCAUUUGUUGGGAUUGUCAUUUUAGGUCUUGGAAGAACCUCACAUGACUCUGGUAAAGAUAUACAAGGAAAAGGUAUCAUAAUGUGAGUAAUGUCUGCUAUUUUUGGAAGCCUUGCAUAUACUACUUUAAGAAAGAUCAACACUGAGAUUCAUUACUUGUAUUCUCCAUAUUAUCUGUCUAUAUUUGGCUGUGUUUUAUGUACCCUUCUGUAUUUAUUUUUCGACGGCCUAAUUAAUCCUUCAUUGUACACAGCAAAAGCUAUGAUAUUCUGCAUAAUCUGUGGAGGGUUUUCAAUUGUGUUCCAAGUGCUCAUAAGCAUGGCCUACAGACAUUGAAAUGCUUCGACUGCAUCUCCAAUCACAUACAUGAACGUAAUCUUCAAUUUGUUCACAGAUACACUCUACUUCCACUACGAGUUCUACUGGACUGACCUGAUUGGAGGGAUUCUCACUACAGGCUGAGUGGUAUUUCCUGUGCUGAUGCUUAUUAUCAAGCAAUCACAAACCAAAAACUAAAUUUAAAGCCAAUCUCAAUCUUUGGA